UGAACUAAAAUUUGUUGGGUUGAACCAAUUCCGGACCCGACCCACUUGAACCGCCAAGAGCAAACUGCUCAAAACGGGUUCAGCCUCCACAAGCGCACGGGCAGAUUGAGGAUCAGAGAUGGCGCUUCAGCUUCUCAAGCUCCCAAAUCGCACCAUAAUCUCCCGCCGUUUUGGUAGAGCAACUUCAAGUUUCUCUUUUCUCUUCUCGCAACCCAACUUACAAAAGCUCCCGUUUUUGAGCUCUAACAGAAAGGUGUGUAUAGACGGAAAGGUGGUCAACAAAGCAGGGACUCCAGUCUCAGACAAAGCUCUUGCACAGAUAAUUGCUGAAGUCCCAAAGUAUGUAUGUAGAGCAGGAUACAAGUUAGAAGCUGCCAUUGAACCUCUCUUUCAUCUCCAUUCCAUUGAUAAGCUUUCAAAGACUUGUCAUGCUGCUAUGGUCAGUGUGAUGGAGGAAGAGGCGACAUUGGUCACCCUGGUUAAACCUCAAACCGAAGCUCGCAGAUCACAAGUAGGAAGUGGUGGGGUUGCGAGUGAUCCAUUAGUCCAUCAAGAAGUAAGCAUUUCUUCCUUGUUUUUAUCUGGUAUCUUUCAGCUUAAUUUCGGAAGUUCACUUCUAGGACAGCCAAGAGAAAUGAGGAUGAAAAAAAUGUUAAAUAUGACAGAAUCUGUUCAUUCGCCCGAACUCGCCAUUAAGGAGUAG